AUGAGGAUUAUCCUUACAAUAUUUUUGGAAAUUAUCAUUUUGUUUAGAACACCCGGCAUUGUAAAUGGCGCCAAUCAUGAUGUUCAGCAGUUCAAUAAACAUGUCAAUCAUAAUAAUAAUCGUCAUAUUCAAAUAUUUAAUCAUGAGAAUGAUAUUACUGAUUCUAUACCCCCUAUAAAAAGUGCUUCAUCCUUUUUGAAACGUAUGAAACGAUCAAGUUUACAAAAUGCUGGUGUAAGCAGUAGUAGAGAAAAUUCAAUGAAUUCCAAUCAUCUCAUGUCCGGUCCGUCGGCAUCAUCUUCAUCAGCUUCGUCUGCAUCCUCGUCAUCUUCAUCGUCAGUCCCGUCGUCAUCUUUAUCCUCAGGCUACCAUCAAACUAUUUCAGGUCAAUCUUUACUCGGUGCUAACGAUAAUGACAAGCUACUUCGACCAGAGAAAUGUAUUCCAAUUGAAAUACCAUUGUGUAAAAAUAUCGGUUAUAAUUUAACCUAUAUGCCGAAUGCAUUCAAUCAUGAAACACAAGAAGAAGCAGGUUUAGAGGUGAGUUCACUAUAUCUGUUUGUAUAA